AUGUCGGAAAUCGAAGCUAGUCGCACUCAAUUGCAGGGAGUCAUGGACGAAUUCAAUGAAAUGACAGGGACCAUUCGAGACUACAGAAAAGAGCAAUUGGAGCUCGAGAAGAAGAUUGAAUUGUUGAAAUUGAAGCGAGAGAGCGAGAUUGUGGACAAGUUUAGUUCUCAAAUCUUUGCUAAGGGCAAGGCAGACCUGCGUGAGUUAACGGAUCGCAUCCACGCCAAGUUCCCCAUGGAGAUCAGAGACUUGGUAUAUCAACAUGUCUGUGUCUUUCACGAGCCUAUCAUAUUGGAUGCAACACACCCAGACUGUGUCCCAGUUCCAAAAGAUACAGGACUUCACGGGCUGUUGAGCCCCAAUUAUCUCGAUGAAAAUACAUUCAGGGAAAUGUAUAAAAUCUACUGGUCGUUGAAUACAUUCGAUGUCGAGCUUAGGCCAAGCCUAGACCAACAAGGAAACAAACUAUGCGAAAUACUGGGUUACGAUACUGAGGCUCUCUGGCAAGCUCGCGCGCCACAACAACAGCGACAGCGACUGCAACCAUAUGAUACAAUCCGCCAUCUCCGAAUACACAUACCAGCUCCAAAGACACUUGGUAAAGUUACAGUGCGGCUUUCGGAACAAGACUUCAACGUGGAACAACUUUUCAUGGCUAGCAUUGCCGGACAGCUGGCCGAACUUUAUUACUGCGGACAACGAGGGAACACGCGAAUUGAUUUCAUUGUCCAUACUCGAAUUUCCACUUUUAGGCGGGGUGUCGACCAAGUAUUUGGAAUCUACGAUGACGAGCGACGUUUUGUCAACAUACUGGAAGCACUGAAAAGAACCUAUACCAAGCUGAAGCGCCGUGGUAUCAGGGUAUCUCUCAGACUCAGAAACGUUUGCUCGGUUGCUCAGACCCAGACCUGGGACUACACAUCACAUCUCGUCGACGUCCUGAACGAAGAAAGAUGGCGACAGCAAUGGAUUAUCGUAUGUGGAAAGAUCUCCGUGCUUCCAGGGUGCGCAUGUGCAAGGGCAGGCCCACUGGGCAACGCUUGCGUCAAGUCAGAUGCUUGGCCAGCCAAGCGGCGAUCUAACGAAGCAAGUCAAAUGGCAGUGCUUGUUUCAACAUUUACAGAUGGCAUUCUUUGA